AUGGCUUUUACUAUUAUUGGAAGUAUUAAAACUGCAAAGGACCGUCUAGAAAGAUUAUUGAAUGAGGUGAAAACUAUGGAUAUCCAAUUUCCAGACUCAACCUUACCGAAUCACGAACGACUCGAAAUUAACAAAACCAAAAAUCGACUCAUAGAUGAAAAAAUUCUUCGACUGCAAAUGUGCACUGACUCUAUCGAAGCUUUAAAUAAACAGUGGAUAGAGGUGCCCAAAAAUCCAAAACGAAAAAAGAAGAUGAGGAAAACUACGCACAAAUAG